AUGGAGAUCCUGCCCGCCGAACUCCUGCUCCAAAUCACCCUCUACCUCCCCGAAUCCGCCCUCGCCAGCCUAUCCCUCACCAACCGGUACCUCCACCACCUCACCAACCCCGUCCUCUACGACCACAAUGGCCCUAGACGCAGGGGCUCUGCUGCCCCCCCCCCCCACGAAGCCUCCACCCGCCACAGCCUCCAGCAAGGCCCGCGCAUCGCCCAGUUCGGCCGCCUCGUCCCGCGCCGCUUACAGGACUUCCGUCCGCAUCCAAUCUCCCUCGCCGUGGAGAAGGGCCAUGCCCAGCUGGUGAGGUUCAUGAUUGAUGACCGGGGGGUCAACCCGAAUACCACGACCCCCGAAUGGCACACGCUGCUGGCCCUGACGGCCAUUCACGGGCACCCCACGCUGUCGGAGUAUCUGCUGCGCGUGGGUGCGCGCCAAAGCAUCCCCAGCUUUAUUGGGCAGCGGCCGGUGUGGCUGGCGGCUUUUCAGGGACAUGCGGAUGUCGUCAACGUGCUCCUGUCUGCGGCUACGCCUCCAAGGUGGGAGGAUGAUGGGCUCAGUAUAAAGGAGCUCAUGACCGAGGCGGUGUCCGCCGCCGUCCUGGCGGGCCAGGGCUCUGUCCUUCAGGUAUUGUUCACACAUGGGGUGGAUGUUAAUGUCUUCGCCCCUGACUUCUCAGAAAGUCCGCUUCAUAUCGCGGCCCGUUGUGGCCAUAGGGAGCUGGUCUCAUGGCUGCUGGCAUACGGGGCGGAUCCGAACCUGAUAGUCCGCCCCCGGUGCUCCACGGCGCCACUUACUGCUGCCGUCAUCGCAGGGCACACAGAUCUCGUUUCGAUCCUGAUACCGGGGACGGCCAUGUUCCACCGCACGCGGGCGUUGGCUUUCGCCGUCGCGCAGCAGAACCGACCCCUCAUCCAGACCCUACUUGCUGGCGGGGCGCCACCACAUUUCGGACCAGAGGAUAUCCGCCGAGCGACAUACGCCGGUAACGACUACGAGGACUGGGUGCAGCCGCUGCUGGCGGCGGUGCAUACGAAGGAUCUUAAGCUGGUGGAGCUGCUGCUGGACGCCGGAGCGGAUGUCAACGUGCCGUGUCGUGAGAUCGGCAGCGAGCAGGGCAAGAUAUUCGACCGGGUGCUAUUUUGGGCGGUUGAAGCGGCCGACGAGACGAUAGUGGAGCUGCUGCUGGCGCGGGGCGCAAAUCCGGAGAUGAGUGAUAUGAUGGGGUGUUCGCCGCUGGUGUACGCCGUGGAGGGCGGCUAUGAGGCCGUUUUACGGGUGUUGCUGGCCUAUGGGGCGAAUCCACUCCGGGCAGUGAACUAUAGUGGCGAGGAAUUGUGGUCGUUGGCGCAAACGAAAGAGUCGAUCCGGGUGCUGUUGGUGGAGGCUGAGGCGAGGUGGAAAGGGACCGGGCUGGGAGGUGUUAGUUAG